CCCGGACUCCGAGUCCAGUUCGAAUUCGGAGUUCACCGUACUCAGCGUCACUAUCUUUUCCUCUGGUGCCCGCCGCUAUAUAUAGGCGUUAACAGGGACUGCGUCUGUGUGGAUAGAAACUUGGGACUUCGAGGGGGCGGUCUGCUUUCCUGUAGGAGGAAUCUUCCCCGUUGGUCGUGCCGCCGAUAUUCGCCGCCGAUAUCUGCCUUUUGAGCUUUGGCCUUUGCCGGAGGCGUUUCGGUCGCCGCGGAUGGAUGGGAACAGCUGCUGGCUCGGCCAGGGGGAGGCUUCCGCUGCCGACGCCGCAUCCGGCGACUGGAGGACCGAGCUGCAGCACGAAUCGCGGCAGAGGAUCGUCAAUAAGAUAAUGGACAAUUUAAAGAGAUACUUGCCUAUCUCUGUGCCCGAGGGCUUAAAGGAACUUAAAAAAAUUGCUGUACAAUUUGAAGAGAAGAUUUAUAAUGCAGCUACAAGCCAGGCCGAUUAUCUGAAGAGAAUUGCUCUGAAAUUGCUUUCAAUGGAGGCAAAGACUCAGCAUACGCCAAUUAAUCCUUCAAUGGUGAACACCGCAAUUCCAAACCAAAAUCCUACAGUCCCAGUGUCUAUCGGCAAACAAGGGCAAUCAUUAGUGACUCCCAUGGUUAAUCUGCCUGCAGCAAGGCAACAACUUCAACCUCAAAACUUUCAAAACAAUACAUCAGCUGCUGUACAAAGUUCUGCCAACCUGCCUUCCGCACUAUCAUCUGUCACAGGUCACAGUCAGUCCUACAUAUCCAGUGCUGUUGGUCAGACAUCCAACCUGCAGAACAUGCCUGACAUAUCACAGAACUCUGUAAGUAAUUCUGUAGGGCAAGGUGCACCACCAGAUAUUUAUGCCAAUGCGCAAUGGCAAAUGCAGGAAAGGCAACAACAGCAACAAAUAAUUUCCCAACGGCAGCAGCAAUCGCAGAAUCAACUUAUUUGCCAGCAUCAGCUUCAACGACAGUUACUAAAACAGAAGUUGCAGCAUUCUUCACUUAUGCAACAGCAAUCUCUGCUGCAGCCAACACGACUGCAAUCUUCUCAACAAUAUGUGAUGCAAAUGUCAUCAGGUCUUCAGUCAGGCCAAUGUAGUAUUCAGCAGACACAGCCUAUGACAAUGCAGUCUGCUGCACAACCUGACUUUCAACAGAAUCAACUGAAUCCAGUCCAGCAAUCAGUGCCAUCUUUGCUUCAGCAACAUCCACAGUCAGUUGCCAGACAGCAAGCACCACUUUCUAUGCAUCAACAAACACCUUCACUUCAACAACAGCCAUCUCCAGUUCCUCAGCAAUCAAAUUUAUCAUUGCAGCAACAGCAGCAGCAGCAGCGGCAGCAAACAAAUAUUUCAAAUAUGCAACAGGCUCAACUGCUUGGACAACAAAAUCAUGUCCCAGACAUGCAACAACAGCAGCAGUUGCAGCGGAGACUGCCAGUUCAGCAGAAUAGCCUUUUGGGCAUGCAACAACCUCAGCAGAUGUUAAAUCAGCAAAAUAUUUCUUUAAAUCAGCAGCAGCAGUUAGGCUACAAAAGCAACAUAUCAAGGGUGCAGCAGCACCAGCAGGAGCAGCUACCUGGAUCCCUUCCUAAUGUUUCAAACAUGCAGGUACAUCAGCACUCGAUGCAUAUUUUGCAACAACCUAAGACACUUACACAGGAACAGCAGGAAAACCAGCAGACGUCCUUGGCAUUGCUGCAACCACAAGGUCAACAAUCCCAACAUCAGUCAACACAACAGCAAAUCAUUUCUCAGUUUCAAUCUCAGCCUGCACAGUUGCAACAACAAUUGGCAAUGCAACAACGACCAAAUCCCUUGCAAAGACAGAUGCAGCAAAGGCUUCAAGCUUCAUGUGCCUUGCUUCAGUCUCAGAAUGCAAUUGAGCCACAGAAGCAAUUUGUCCAGGUGCAAAGAGUGCUUCCAGAGGUCUCUUCUAGUACAUCAGUGGAUUCAACAGCUCAAAUAGGACAUGCUGGUGUGGAUUCAACAGCUCAAACAGGACAUGCUGGUGUGGAUUCAACAGCUCAAACAGGACAUACCGGUGUGGCUGAUUUGCAGGAGGAGAUCUAUCAAAAGAUAAAAUCCAUGAGGGAGAUGUACUUUGCUGACCUCAAUGAGCUUGACCAAAAGAUUACUUUAGAGUUGCAGCAGCAUGAUGCUCUCAUACCGCCCGCAAAGCAGCCAGAACAGCAUGAAAAAUUGAAAAGAUUCAAGAUAAUGUUAGAGUGGAUUUCAAUGAUUCUACAGAUAUCAAAGAAUAAUAUUCAUACUGGUUUGAAGGAAAAACUUCCUAUGUACGAGAAAGUAAUUGUUAAUGUUCUAGCUUCCAAUAAAAAGAAAAUUAUACCAUCACAACCACAGGGCCAGCAACAAUUCCAGCAUCCUGGUGGACUUGCUCACUCAUCCCAGGUUUCUCAGCUUCAGCAGCAUGACAAUCACAUGAAUCAGGUGCAACACAUGAAUUUACAAGGUUCAGCAACUUCAAUGCAGCCAGCUGCUGUGACUGGCAUGCAACAUGUAUCCACGCCUUUGCCAACCCACUUUGGUGUUCCAACAACAUGGCAGAAUAUCACAAAUGCAUCACAGCCUGGUUCUAUUUCAGAUUCAGCUCAAGGUAGCUCAUUUAGUUCAUUGCAGCAGGGUGCUAUGGGCUCCAAGCCACAAGGUGGUGGAGGAUCUGUGCCAAGUACCAUUAAUGCACCUCAACGGAUCAAUGCCAAUGCUUUGUCAAACAGCUCUAUGAAUCCAUUACAACCUAAUGCUAUCCUCAUGCAACCAAGUUCUAACACACUACCGCAGCAGCAUUUUAAGCAGCAGCAGCAGGAACAACAACAGCAAUUGAUGCAAACUCAGCAAAUGAAGCAGCAGUCACAACAGCACCAUUUGCAGCAACAAGUGCUUCAGCAACAGCAAAAGCAGCAAUUAAUGCAGUUGCAGCCAUCACUGGAGCAACAGUUGCACCAUCAAGAAAAACAACAACCAGCACAGAUGCUGGCUCACCAAAUGCCACAGCUUCACCAGACAAAUGAAGUCAACGAGUCAAAAGUAAGACCAGGGUUAGGAAUCAAACCUGGUCUUAAUCAACAAUGUUACUCUGUUGGCCAGCACCAUGGGUAUUAUCAUCAACAACUGAAGCCAAGUGCUUCUGGUGCUUCUUGGCCAAUUUCCUUGCCUCAAAAUCUUCAAGUCUUAUCUCCUCAAAAUUCACACCAUGCUUCUCCUCAAGCUGAUCAGUGCAGUUUGUUAUCUUCUCAAGUAAAAGGUGGAACCCCUCUGCAAUCAGCUGGCUCACCCUUUGUUCCAUCUCCUUGCACUCCCAUGGCCCCAUCUCCUGUACCAGUGGAUUCUGAGAAACAUCUUUCUGGUAUCUCACCACUUACUAAUGCUGGACAUGUUGGACAUCAGCAAUCAGCUCUUGCACCACCUCAAGCACUGGCUGUUGGUAUACCUGGCAUAUCAGCCUCAUCCAUUCUAGAAGAAAGCUCCAGUCCAGAUGGUAAUCAGGCUAAUGCAUCAAGUAAAGCUCCUGACAAAAUGAGUACAUCAGAAUGGCCUCUAGAGCGCUUAAUUAAAGUGGUAAAGUCAUCAUCUCCAAAGGCUCUGAGCUCUGCCAUCAGGGAUAUUGGACAUGUUGUUAGCAUGACUGACAGAAUAGCAGGUUCAGCACCCGGCAAUGGUUCUAGGGCUGCUGUUGGUGAAGAUUUAGUUGCCAUGACCAAAUGCCAUCAGCAAGCUAGAAAAUUCAUGUCACAAGAUGGAAUCUCUACAGCAAAGAAAAUAAAGCGUAACACAAAUUCCAUGCCCUUGAAUAAUAUGUCAUCGGCUGGCAGUGUAAAUGAUAGCACCAAGCAAUCUUUUGGUUUUGAUACAUCUGAGUUCGAGUCAACUGCAACAUCUCAUGUCAAGAGGCAGAAAAUUGAGGUAAACCAUACUCUAUUGGAAGAAGAGAUUAGGGAGAUAAAUCAGCAGCUCAUUAUUACAACAGUCAACAUAAGUAAAGAGGAUGCUGAUUCAGUUGCUGCUGCAUCUGAUGGAGAAGGAACGGUCAUCAAAUGUUCUUUCACUGCAGUGGCUCUCAGUCCAAGUUUGAAGUCACAAUGCGCUUCAUUACAUAUGAGUCCGAUUCUGCCUCUGAGGUUGUUCGUCCCUGCAAACUAUCCUAAGUGUUCCCCUGUUCUCUUAGACAAGCUUCCAGAUGAAUCAAGUGGAGAGUCUGAUGAUCUGUCUGUCAAGGCAAAGUCAAGAUUCGGCAUAUCCCUCCGCGGCCUAUCACAGCCCAUGUCGCUAAGAGAAAUGGCGAGGACUUGGGACGCUUGUGUGCAUAAAGUCAUUGCAGAAUAUGCCCAGCAGACUGGAGGGGGGAGCCUCAGCUCCAGAUAUGGCGUUUGGGAAAAUUGUGUGGGUUCUUGACCAUGCCUCAAAUGAUGUACAGAUUUUUUUUUUUUAAUUUAUUUAUUUAGUUCAAGAUUCCUUUUCUAGGCUAUUAAAUUAGCACCUUGGUGUCUCGUAGUUCAUCAUUCCAUAAAAUAUGCUGUUCUGGAGUUGAAGCAAGCUGCAGGUACCUGGACCUAAUCUGGGGUCCAAACUUUUUCACAGUUGGUAUGGAUAUUGUUGAUGUAAAUGUUAUGCCAACCAUAUGAAGCAUCAGAUAUCCAUGCAAUGGUUUGUAAUUACAGCAUCUCCACCAUUGGAUAUAAAGGCUCUAUAUAUGCGACUGUGAGCUGUUGGUGGAAUAUGAACUUGUGAGCCUGUUGUAUGUGAAUAUGAUGGGCGCGGUGGAGUAACUUUCGUUUCAACUUCCCAUAUCGAUGCAAAAUGGGCCUGUGAA